CCUGUCGAUCAGUUAACCGCUAGUCACCCGCGCGCGCGGUGUUCGUUAGUAGCGUUGUUGCGCGCCGUUGACAGAAAAUUCGCAUCGUGCCAAAGUGUCUCCUUUAUUUUCGCAACUGGCAUAGUGUAAAGGUGUAAAGGUGCCAUAUAUGAUAAAUGAAUCUAAAUUACAAAACUGACUGUGACAAUAAGCCGGUUGUUAAUUGGCUGCAAAAUGAAUUCCAGCAAAGAGGCGAAGAGCGCCGCGAAGGGACAAAAGAAGUUACAAAAGACCAACAAAAAGCAGCAACAGAAACAACAGCUGCAGCAACAACAACAACAACAACAGCAGCAACAGCAACAACAGCAGCAGCAGCAACAGCCAACCAUAAAUAGUAAUAAGAACGGGAUCUGUAAAGCUGCCACGAAUGCAAAACUCAAGCCCAACGAUUCAAAGGCCAAUAAUCGCAGCAGCACCAACAACCACAAUACAUACAACAACAAUAAUAGCAACAACAACAACAACAACAUGGUGCACAAGAACAACAAUUCGCAAUCGAUGAGCGGAACAACAGCUGCAGCGACACCAAACAUUACGCAAAUGUUUAAGGAACAGUACGAUGCAGAGCGACGUGCCACAAUGUCACAGGUGGAUUCAGUGCCCAAGAUGGAGCGUACGCAUAGCUUUCGGAUGAAGAUGUCCAAGUUCUUUAACAACUUCACUGGCAGCAAGGAGAAUCUGGCGCGCAGCGACGAGUCCAAAGAUGAGGCGGGCAAAACGCCGUUCACGUUCACGCGAAGUCGUUCGAUGAUAUUGCUGCGACGUCCGAAUCGGCGCAGUUUUAUUGAGCCGCAGCUGGAGCAGCUGUCGGAGGAGGCGGAGAAGUCGGGUGAUCCACUGAUGCCAGCAUCGCCGCGCAAGAAUUCGCUGGCCGAGGACGGCGCAACCAAUACCAGCUGUUCGCCCAUAUUGCGACGCCGUGCGGACACCUCCAGCUCAAUAAAUACGCCAGCUCGACGGCAGUCCACACAGGCGCUGACCUCCACACCCGUCGAGGACUCCGCGGAGGCAUCCAUGCAGCGCAAGCCAUCGCUUAUAUCCCUGACACCUGCCGAAAGCAACUACAAUCCUCAGCUGAACUUUCAGAAACGUCGCUCCAGCACGCUCAUCGCGUCGUUCAAGAGCACGCUGAUUGGGUUGACGGAGAAGCCAGAGAAGAAGGAGAAGAAAGACAAAAAAGACAAGCUGAAUCCCAAGUGGAGCGCCUCGCUGCAAUCGCUGCAAGCGAUUGAUAACAUGGUCAGCUAUGCCAAUAUGUCAUUCAUUGACUACGACAAGUUCAAUGGCUAUGAGAAGCAGCUGGAGCGCCAGCAGUCCAUCAUGAGUCUAGCCGAGCAGCAGAUGCCCCCCGCCCACACGCUCCAGUUGCCAUUGACCACAACCGCCAGCCAUCCCCACCACUCGCAGCUCAACUCAUCCUCGCCCCUGGGCGAACUAAGUGGGAGUGCAGCUGGAGCUGGGACUGUCAGUCUGCCCUUGCCGCACACGCCCUCCUUUGUGGGCUCCUCAUCCAUGGAGAGCACGCCGAAGACAGUGGUGAUGCGACGCAAGCGAAGCAGCAGUUCGGCGCUCGCGCGCCAGCAGUCCGCCUCGACGCGCAACAGCAGCCAGAGCUCCUUUAACCUGGAUACGGACUUUGAGCACAACCUGGACAGAGUUCACAAUGUCUAUCGCGAAAGCCUGGACUCACGCACCCUGGAGCUGCUCAAUCAGCGUUCGCGCAACUCCUUCAUUCAGGACCAGCCAAUGCUCUUCGACGCCCUCAACCUGGAGGAUGGCUCUGCAAACCGGCGCUGUGCGCUCUGCGCCCAGAGUGUCGCGAGAGCCAACAGCUUCAAGCAGCAGCGCGACGCGGUGGAUGGGCGCGGGAAGCCCAAAAUACAGCUGAAAUCAAAAAGUCUCACCCACUUAGAUGGCCUCGACACGCCGGUGCCAGGCUGCCAGCACGGUGCUGCCGCACCCACAGCUACCGCCGAGACCUCCACGACCCCGGCCAUGUCAGCGCCAGCGGACACGCCUGGCCGGCAGACGCAAUCGGGGGAGCUACGACAAGCCCCCAAGGUCUCCAAGCCGCAACAACCACACACCACGCCCACAACUGUUCCACCGCCCACGAUUUAUACGCAAACACCACAAUUUGUGCGCCGAUCGCCGUCCCUGAUGCUCUCGCCGAGCAGCCCGAGUCAGGCCGGCAUCGGAUCAGGUGUUCGCUGCAGCGCCAGCUCCGCCCAACACCCGGCGUGCAGCAGUGCAACCGGAACAACCUAUUUAACACCCACGUCUAAGACCUUGCAGAGCCAUGCCAGCGAUGGCUUGCAAACGUCGGCAAUUGGUUCAGGUGCUUCGAUACCAUAUAGUCACUAUGGUGGCUCCAAGAGCGUUGCCCCAACGAUCAUGAGUUCGUCGUUAAUGCAUCGCAAGAAACCGUUAUUAACACGCAGCGAGGUUUCAAGCUCGGAAUAUUUUUCGGUAUCCUUUUGCCUGGACGCAUCGCCAUGCCCUGACGAGGAGUUCAUACCGGCAACCAAAGGCACAACAUUACAAAAUGCGCUGAGGCACAUGUUGCACAGGCGAAAUCUUAGCUUUUCGCAGAUUAAAAUUACAGACAAUAUUCCCACUUAUAGCUAUCCAGAUACAGGUCCAUCGAACAUGACAACCCUCCUAGACGAGCAUACCGAUGUUGAGAACUUGGCUGGACAUCAUCUGGUUAUUACGGAACGCGACAGCAGUCGGAAGUCUUUGCAGAAGGCAGCAUCCUUCGGCUCUCGACAGCGACCUCCACGCCUCCUGUCCUCCGCCUCAACAGAGGAGACUAGUGAAUCAGGCAAUGCCCAUGGCAAGCAGAUACUCGGUCGUUGGUCCUCCAUAUUCGGCAUAAAGAACCCGCAGCAGAGUCAGCUCUACGAUCUGCUCAACAAUUAUGCCAAGAACGGCGUGCCCCAGCGCCCAGAUGCCUUCAACUCCGAGAAUCCCGCGAUCUCUGAAGCCCUGAACUAUCUGCAAAACAUGGACAAGUCGUGGCGCGACUUCGUCGAUAGCAAUGCGAUGAGUGAUAGCGAGAUUAGGAUACAAACGGCCAUAUGGGAGCUGGUCACCACAGAGGUCUACUACAUUCACGCCCUGCAAACGGUUACGCACCUCUUUCUUGCCUGUCUGGAGGCCGUGCAGGAGGAACGCCUGCUGAUUGAUGUCGAUCAGCACAGACUGUUCUCAAACGUACGAUCCGUGUGCGAGGCAAAUAUUAAGUUUUGGACUCAAUAUCUAUAUCCGAUGGUCGCACACAGCAUAAGGACACGCGAGCCCCUGAGAUAUGCCUUUUUCCAAGAAGGCUUCAUAGCAUUCGCUUCGAUUUUCGCGCCCUACAAGGUUUACUGUGCGGAGCAGAGCACCUGCCAGUUUUACUGCAAGGAGCUCAAUCAAAACAACGCGCUGUUCACUGUCUACUUGGCCUGGUGUGAGUCGCAGAAGAUGUGCAACCGCUUGCGGUUGGCCGACAUCGUUGUCCGUCCCAUGCAGCGGCUGACCAAGUACAGCCUCCUGCUGGCGGCCAUCAAGAAGCACAUGACUGAUGUGGAGGACAUCGAAGUGAUGGACAUGAUGAUACACAGCGUGGAGAACUUCGUUGGCAGCGUCAACAACCACUUGACAAUGCGACAGGAGAGCGAGCGCCUUAAGGGCGUUAUGGCACGCAUCGAAUCCUAUGAUGUGGUGGACACCAACAACGAGGUGUUGGACAAGCUCAUCAAGCAGCACAGCCAGAUGUUCGAUCUGUGCGCUCCCAUGCGCGGCUGUCCCGCCAACCAGGUGCGCCACCUGUUCAUGGAGGGCGACCACAAAUUCAAAGACAAUGUCGGCAAAAGCGACGUGCAUUGCUUUCUGCUGACUGACAUACUGCUCGUGUGCAAGGGCAUCGCCAAGAAGGGCUUGGGUGCGCUCAAGGUCAUUCGCCAGCCAUAUCUGACCGAUCAUCUGAUCGUGCAUCUGGGGCAGAACAACACGCUCAACUGCGUCUAUCUCAACGAGUUCCAGGUGGCCACCACGGGCUUUACGCUGCAGUGCAUUGAGGCCAAGAACUGGUACGAUGCGCUGUGGCGCGCCAAGACCAUUUACCAAAGACUGAAGAAGGGCAAUGGGGGCGACAGCAUACGCUACGGCAGCAGCGGCGCUGGCGGUGCCACUGGCGAUUCCCUCGGUGUGCGCAAGUCGCCCAUCAACUCCUCGAUCGGCAGCCAUGUGUCGAGUGCGAACAACAGCCACAGCGGCAGCGUUGAGUGGAACGAUUCGCGGAAUAUAUCCGUUGACUUUGAAAAGACUAACUCGCUCUCCAGCGACGAGGGCUCCAGCCUGUUGGGUAACCAGGGCCUGGCACCGAAGGGCAAGCAGCACUUGCUUAGGGGCGUGCCAAAGCCAAAGAUUGGCGCAAUUGCAUCGACAUCGGCGAAUACCCUAUCCGUACAGCCGUUAAACCAUCUGGGCCAGAGUUUGCCCAACCUGAACUUGCAACAUAACCAAACUAACAAUACAUUGCUUGUGCCGGGCACAACGACUAGUCACUCGGGUAACUUAUUGUUGUCGCCCAGUCAUCGCGGCAUUUCCUAUCCACCGCCGAGUCCAACUAGAGUGCCGCUGAAACGGGGCAUGGCAUUCUCCACGUCCACGAAGAACCCACCACUGCUGAAGACCCGCAACAUCACAUCGCAGAACAGUAUUAAUUGGCAUCAGAUACCAGCCACGCCCACGCCGCCCAGCCCGCGAUCGCAGCAACAUUCGCCCAGCACCACCAACGCCUGCAAUGUUGAUCCCAGGCUCCUGCAGAAACAGAUAUCGCACCAGCUGCCCCUGCAAACGACCAAUCAGAGCAACUUGGACCUCCAACGGAAUUUAAGCAAUGAAACGGACGUCUAAUGCAGACAACUGGCCAACAGCCAACUGAUUGAGAGAUUAGCUUAGAUUUAGAUCAAGGAAAUCAACAAGAGAAGCAGUACUCCAUACUCCGUACUCAUCAACGAUUCCUUGAAUAGAGUCGGUCAAUGUACAUAAUCGCUAAUACUGCACCUUUGGGUCCAAAUACGAUACAAAUAUAAUCAACAUUCCAUCUAAGUUCUAUGCUACCAUUCCCAUUGUCUAUCCAUAUUUAAGUCGGCAUAUGCAUACACUAUAAUCAUAUUAAACAGUUAUACGAUUACAUUCUUCCAUGGAAAAGAAAUAAUUAUGAAAUGCUAGUAAAAAUAUUUUUAAUCAAUAAAUAAAUACACAAAUAUGUAUGUAAGCAUGUUUAUAAAUCUUUACAAAAACAUUUAAGCAACUGUAGAAGCAUAUUGUUAAAGAUAGUAACCAUAAUUUAAAGUAGAUAUUCUUUUGGCCCUAAUUUUCCUAUAAUUUCCUAUAUUCUGUUGAUAAAGCUAACGAAAAUAUACUCUAUUAUUAAUUUUU